UAACAACAACACUUGCAGUAACUAACUGUAGAAGAUAAUGAUUAGAAAUUAGGGAGUGCGUUUAAGCAGCGGAUGUUUUGCCAGCACAGUUCAGCACGCUUGGAUUAAUUAUUGUCUAUAGUAAAUUGUAAUAAUUAUUUUAAUAUACUGUCAAAGCUGUGCUCAUUGCUUUAUGGCGAUCGUUGUAGAGGCUGGAGAAUAUUGCCAAAGCCAGCACGAGUGACUAGCUAAACAAGACCCUCCUGGUUGAGCUUGCUGUCCACACAUCAAGCUCAACGUUCCAUCUCGAAUCCAUUCGUUAUUGCUGUGAAGAAUUUUUAUUCCAAACUGGGCCUGGUGCAAAAACAGAACCAUCUCGGAUGGGUUAAGCCAAGUCUGACGAACAAUCCGUGCAAGUAGAUUUGCGUGCACUCUGGUGCGUCUCCUACCUCACUUGAAUUUUCAAGGACCCCCUUAACUGGCAUUCCUGCCUUCGUUGUCUGGAUAGUCCCUUAACAGUUACAGCACCCUAUCAAUGCGGUAUCACGAUAACACAAUGGCGAGUAGUAAUAAGCCACCGCCUGCUGAGAUUGAGUACAAGAAUAUGAAGUUCUUGAUCGUCAACAACCCUGACAAACACACAGUUGAAAGCUUCAUACAAGAACUGAAGAAUAGAGGCAUUAAGUAUGUUGUUCGUGUAUGUGAGCCUACAUACGAUGCUAAUAAGCUGGCUAAGGAAGGCAUUCAAGUACUUGAUUUGCCUUUUGAUGAUGGCGGCCCUCCCACCACCGACAUCAUCGGCCAGUGGUUUGAUCUUCUGAGGAGCAAUUUUGCUGAGAUACCUGGUUGUUGUAUUGCUGUGCAUUGUGUUGCUGGCCUAGGUCGAGCUCCUGUUUUAGUAGCCUUGGCCCUGAUGGAGGCAGGCAUGUCCUAUUCUGAUGCUGUACAGCUAAUUCGCCAGAAACGGCGUGGUGCUAUCAAUGCCAGACAGCUCGACUUCCUGGAGAAGUAUCGUUCAAAGAAACGACUAAAGAUGAACGGGGAGAAAUGCUGUAUCCAGUGAAAGGAUUUACCAGCCUCCUCCACCAAUUCACCACAUGAAGAUUUAAGUGUUUAUACACUAAUAGAAAAUAGGUCCUCCACUAAUUUGUUUGUGUUCUGUCUGCUAUUUAUUAUAACCUGUGGAUUCUUUUCUAUGUAUGGAAGGAAUGUUACUUUUUUUAAAUUACCUUCGGUAUUAUGCCAUUUUCUAUGCCGAAGAAUAUAAUAAUAAUUAUAAUAAUAAUUUAGUAGUAAAAAACAAUUACAAUACUGUUAAGUUUCUAGAUGAAUUUUAUGAAUUGAGGGUUUGAAGUCGUAUUGAUAACAAAUGUUAGAACGCAGGGGAGAUGCUUGGAAGUAUUUUAAUUGUUUUGAAAAGUGGGUGUGAAAUGUGCGUCAGUUAUCAGUGUGGCUGUAAUGGUUUGUUGAGAUGAAACACUAACAGUAGCAUCUCUCUUCUCAAUGGUUCUAUUAUUAUCCUGGUGCAUUGUUUUGCCAUCGUUUCACUUUAAUGUGAGAUACUACAAUCGUCAAUGAUUACGAAAGUUUGAGAGGAAUUAAUAAUAAGUAACAUUUGAGCAAUAAAAUUGGCACUUAUCAUUAAUGUUAUAAUGCAUAGCAUUUAUAAAGUCAUUAUUGUGUUGAGUUUAGGUCAAGGACUCUGCUUAAGAAUUUGGGAACUAUUUUAAAUAUUGCCAACCUCCUUAAUCGUUUUCUUGGAAUAAUUCAUUGGGGGUUAAAAACCUGUACAACAAUUUAAUACUGUAUUAAAAUUUUUAAUUGUCAAAUAUUUUAUUUUCUAGACAGUUUAUCAUAGUACCACUUUUAUUUUUUAAUGAUUAUUAAUGAAUGAAUUUCGGCUCUGAGCCAAUAUUAAUAUAUCUUUGAGUGUCAAAUUGCGAUGAUCAACUUGUAGUCCCUAGUAAGAAAGGUAGUGUGUCUACCUUGAAAAAUUUGUUAUCAUUAAUGAUCAACGACAAUGAAAUCUAAAUAUUUUGUUUGUGAUUUUUAAUUGAAACCAAUACCAAUGAUGAUAAUUUAAAGUUUCAUAUUCAAGUAUUUUUGUGCCAUGCUUUUACCAACAAAGCCUAUAUUUAAGUAUGCAGAAUCAAUUUGAAUCAGUCGAGCAUAAUUUUUAUGAAAGAUUGUUAUACCAGUAACAGUAAGUCCUUUUUCUAGGAGUUUAAUGUCUGUAAAUUUGAAGUGAAAUUGGAAAAAUGGUGAAUUUAAAAAAACGUGAUGCCAAAUCAAGUGGUACUCUGAUGUUGAAAGCCUUGAGUCAGCGAUGUUGAGUGAUUCCAUGGUAAUAAUGAUAUCCAAAUGAAUUUUGACACAGCAUCAUUCGUAAUGUUUCAAUGUGCUGAUGAUUACUGGAGCGAGAAUUGCACAAGUACAUGCCUUCAAUAACGCGUUAUUUUUUUAACAGUCAAAAUGUUGCUUUCUCCACAGAAUCAACUAGAUUUAGAGAUAUGUGUCUGUUGUUAAAUACUGUAAACCUGCAUUUUAUUCCUAGUUACAAUGAUUAUAUAAAUUCUACUUCCCUUAAAUUCUAAUAUUUAUCCAUGGAUUUUUGUAGUAUGAAUUAUCGAUUGAGAAAGUAUGGGAUUGAAAAUACAAAGCACUGUGGCCUGUUGUUUGUACUUUAUUGUUAGCUGUGUAGUAGAUGAUUGCUGUUGUGAAUGAAGCACUAUAGAAAGAUGGUCUACAAUUAGCUAGAGAUAAUUUUUCUAAAAAGAAGAUUGAACCGCUAACAAUACUAUAGCUAGUGUUCUGUUGGCAGUACAGGGAAAUAAACCAUACCAAAUUGAUUGCUAUUUAUAAUAGCAUUAAAAAUUAUAGUACCUAAUCUCAUCUGAAGGUGAGGUGCAAGUGGGUGGGUGUCAAUUAUGAGGUACUGUUAAAAAGCUUUAAGGAAACAUUUUAAUGUGUUCCAUCAGCUACAUAGGUGCAUUAACAGUUAACACAGUAUGUGUGGCAUGUAUACCAUUAUAUUAGGUUUUAAUGAUAUGUCCGAGAAUUGAAGUGGCAAAUAAUAAGCUACUAUCUUUAAACAAUGCCAAAUUGAUCUCUUGAGUAGAAAAUACAUCUGUAUCUGAAACACUGACAAACCCUCAAGGUGGAAUGGUUGGCACAUGCAGUUCUUACUAAAAGGUAUUAUGUCUCUGCCCUUAUUACAGGGGGAGGGGAAUGCACUGACAUUGAUAUUGUUAUUAUACCAAGGACUCAUAUUUACCCACAUGGUGCCAUUUUAAUGUUGAAAUACUGUACUGUAUAAGAGUUGGUUGUGAGUUGUAAUACCACCAAAGUUAUUAGAGCGUAGACCAACAAGCUGUAUAAUUUUUUUUUUAUACAGUGCUCUACUCCCACAAAUUUGUGCCUUCGAUAAUAUUUUCUCGGUAUAUUUACCGCAGCCUGAUAUUGCCAUAAGCACAUCAUUUUCUAAUUACUCGUCCACUCUAAACUGCUUCUAAAUAAAAAAGGACAUUUCUCGUUUUGGUUGCUUGGAAGUUUCUGAAGUGACCCACCACAGUAACCGCCACCAAUGGAGUACUUUUUAAAAAUAAUCCUUGAAAGUAUUUUGGGUGUUAUUUUUUUAUUGUCUUAGUGUCGUCGUCAUCUGGUAAUGUCAUCUUUGACUAAAUGAACAAUGGAAAAAUUAUUCCAACACGUUUUAAUGUUUGAACAAUAACACAAUUGUGCUGGUUUUUUAUUGACUAGUCACGCAGUAACACAGUGAAUCUUUUUCUUUGUUACUAAGUGUUUAUUAUUGAAAUAUUAAUCUAUAUAAUUUUCCUUUUUAUUUCUCAAUGUACUGUAUGUAUCUUUAAUAAGGGAAUAAAUUCAUUUUGAGAGUGCAAA